UGAUUCCCUUGUUUCUUCUCCUAAGCUUUUUAGGAGUCAUGCCUGCAUACAGCGCAAAGGCUGAUGCUCUGACAACCAAGCUGGUGACCUUUUAUGAGAAUGUGACUCCUUCGCAUCAAGCAACGGUCCUGUUGUUUGACCCAACCAAUGGCACCCUCAAAGCGGUCAUGGAUGGCAACGUCAUCACAGCCAAGCGUACGGCUGCUGUUUCAGCGAUAGCCACCAAGUACUUAAUGCCUGCAGAUUCGGAAGUCCUCUGCAUUCUAGGAGCUGGCGUCAAAGCAUAUAGCCACUACGAACUUUUCACAGAGUUGUUCUCAUUUAAAGAGGUUCGAAUCUGGAACCGCACCAAGGAGAACGCAGAAAAGUUUGCUCGCACGGUGAACGGACCAGUGCAAGUGUGUUCCUCAGCCCAGGAGGCUGUCAGCGGGGCUGAUGUGAUUGUCACAGUCACAAUGGCAACUCAGCCCAUCUUGCAUGGAGAGUGGGUGAAGCCCGGAGCCCAUAUCAAUGCCGUAGGAGCGAGCCGGCCUGAUUGGCGGGAACUCGAUGAUCAUGCAAUGAGGAAUUCUGUAUUGUACGUCGAUUCCAAAGAGGCAGCUCUGAGCGAAUCAGGAGAUGUUAUUUUAUCGGGGGCCAGCGUUUUUGCCGAGCUUGGCGAGGUGAUACUGGGAAGCAAGCCGGCCCUGCGUGAGAAAACAACUGUGUUCAAAUCAUUGGGGAUGGCCAUUGAAGACACGGUGGCCGCAAACAUGGUCUUUGAGUCUUGGUCAGCCAGCGGAUGAACGCGCAUCCCGGGAUUCUCUCGAGCCACAGAAUAAUAAAAGGAAGAUCGCAUCUGGUGCUGACGUCUGGGCGAAAAUGGUUGAGAUCAGUGGUUCUCCACCUUAGCGACUUUAAAAUGUGGGGACUUCAACUCCCAGGAUCCCCCAGCCAGCAUGGGAGUUGAAGCUGAAGUGCUGGGAGUUGAAGUCCAUGUAUCAUAAAGUUGCUAAAGUUGAGAAACGCUGGUUAAGAUUGUACUGUAACUCGUCUUACUAGGUUACAAUAGCAAGAUAUGUAGUAACGUAACAAAAGAAUCAAAUGGAAUUUGGUUUAUCUCAGUGUUUCGCAAACUCAGUGACUUUAAGAUGUGUGGACUUCAACUCCCAGAAUUCCC